AAUUAUUGCUUAGUUCAUCUAUUUAAUAAUUUAAUAUCCAUCCUCGUGUUAUGUUUUUAAGCCAUUGAUUAUAAAUUAACAUUAUUUUAUUAUGUUAUAUUAGGUACUUUUUUUCUUAAUCAUUUUUCGAUAUUCAUUUUAAUCACUGAUUUUACAUAUUUUUUUUUGUUUCUAGUUACUACUCUUACUAGGUAGUUAUGUUAAUGUUAUUUUAGUUAUUUAUCACUUGUCAGUAUUUAGUUAAUUACCUACUAUACAUUGUAAAUUUUAUAUUUUAUAUUUUCAAUUACCUAUAGACUAAGUAUAGUUUAGGUUGUGCCUGACAAUAAUUUAGUUAAAAUAUAAAUUUUAAAAACCUUCAAAUAUUUCUUCUUCAACAAUGUCUAAGUUCAACUAUGACCCUCAUAAAACAUAUGAAAUCGGUUUCAUAGGAUCAGGAAAUAUGGCUCAAGCUAUUGGACUUGCUUUUAUUAAGAAAGGUAUAUGUAAAGCGGAAAAUUUAAUUGUAUCAUCGCCUUCAGAAAAUAAUAAAAAAGUAUGGAAAGAUAUUGGUGCAGCUGUAACAACUGAUAAUAAUGAUGUAUUUUGUAAUACUAAAAUAGUAUUUUUAGCAACAAAACCCCAAUACUUUUCUAAGGUUGUAUCAGAAUUAUAUAUAAAAGCUUUGGGUCCCUUAAAUAUUUUAAUAUCAAUUAUGGCUGGAAUACCACUAAAUACAAUACAAGAGGCAUUUAUGUUAAAACCUAGCGUUAUAUUCAAAGUUAUGCCAAAUACACCUAGUCUAAUCCAAGAAGGAUUUUCAGUUAUUUCUUAUCAAAAUGAAGCUAUAUUGGAGGAAAUUGAAGUGACUUUGCCAAAAGUUAAAUUGUUAAUGAGCGCUAUUGGUGGUGUAGAAGUUAUACCAGAAUCAUUAAUGAAUGCAGCUGGAGCAAUUUCGGGUUCUGGUCCUGCUUAUGCAUUUCUUAUAAUUGAAGCAUUGGCUGAUGGUGGUGUAAAACAAGGCCUUCCACGUGACUUAGCUGUACGUUUAGCAGCUAGUGCUAUGGCAGGAGGAAGUCGCAUGGUUUUAGAAACCGGAAAACAUACCGGCCAAUUAAAAGAUAUGGUAACAUCUGCAGGAGGGUCAACAAUUGCAGCUUUACAUGCUUUAGAAAAAGGAGGAGUUAGAUUUGCCAUGAUGGAUGCAGUUGAAGCAGCUACCAAUAGAUCAAAGGAAAUGGGAGAAAAAAAAUAAUAGUGGUGCAUUUUAUCAUUUUUACAAUAUGAAUAAUAUUUUAUGUAUCUGGGGCAUAUUCAACACACCUAGAUGGAUCAGUUGGGAAGAAUUGUUGACAUUUAGUCAUUAAACGUUUCAAAGCUUGAAUGUA